AUGCCGAAGGGGGCCCCCAAAGGAAAGUCUUCGGCUUCGUCGGCCACGCGCAAGAAGCAGGCCAACAAAGCCGCUAAAAAGGCGGCGUACGAAGUCGACGAUGAGGGCAAACUACUCCACCCGGAGCUCGCCGAAGCGUUGGCGAGGCAAGCGCAACGUGGGCCUCAGCGCGGACAAAAGAAAGACAAGUCCAAAAAGGAUGGCAAGGGCGGCAAGAAGGGCAAAGCCGACAAGAAGAAGCAGUACAUCCCACCACCCAAGCCUCCACAGCCGCUGCCCGAUCCGCUCGACUCCAUGGGCCUCGCUUCUCUGCUCCCUGCCGAUCUCGUCGUCCUCCUGCGCAAGGCCUCAAAAAAGGAUGUCAUCACACGAUGUCGUGCAUUGGAAGGUCUGUUGGCAUGGGUCGAAGAUGCAUUGGACAAGACACCGUCAUCAACGGUGAACGAGGCGGAUGCCGAUGCUUCUCAGUUGAGCUCGGAGGAGAAGAAGAACGCCCUAGUGAUGAUGCUGCCCAGCUGGGUCCAUCUCUUUCCUCGAUUGGCCCUGUCUCCCACACGACGCCUUCGUCUUUUGACGGUUCAGAUUCAGACACUGCUCCUAGAUAGGACUUCUCCGACAAGGGAUGAGCUGCUUGAAUCCCCUCAGUACAUCGAGCCGUUCCUUGGCCCAUGGGCCAUCUUGUGUCACGACACGGACCGCACCAUCGAGCGCCUUGGCAGGUCCGCGUGGACCGAGGCUUGUGCAUGGAAGAGCAACGAGGGCACAGACACGUUCACAGAAACAGACAAGGUCACCAAGCUGGAUCUCAAUGAACACUGCGACACUCUCGUUGCCCACCUCCGCACCAUCCUCUUGUCGCCCUCCCCGUCCUUCGCGCUUUCUAUGACGGCUGCCCACGCUAUUGCCUCAGGUGACCCGACCAUGUCGCGGGCCUCGUCCGGCUAUGCGACGCCUCAAGUACAGGCAGGAAGUGUCGAACGCGAUGCUAAGAAUCGAGACGAGAGCAACGUCGAGGAGGACACCGCAGCGCUAGACAAGCGUCUUGUCGCGGGCGCCCUUGCCGUACUGACUUCCGUCCUCCGCCAGCAGCCAGGUGCCGAAGUGAUGGCAAGCCUGGAAGAGAUGCUGUCGUCGAGACUGUUGUGGGCCUCUUUGUCUCCACACAAUCUGGCCGCAUCUUCCAAGACGCGGGCGGAAACUGCCGCCGCGGUGACCUCUUUCGGAUUUGAUUCGCCAGCUGUCCGACUGCGAGCUUGGACCCUCUUGCGCUCGCUCUUCGAUGUGGCACCGGACGUCCUCGACCGACAUAUUCAGACGAUUGGAACUGUCGCAAUGACGUCCGUAUGGGCCGAGCGGGACAACGCUGUCCAGAGAUCGACCCUAGACGCCAUCUUGCCGUUGCUCAGGAAACGACCUGAGUUGUGGCUUGUUGGCUCAGGCCAAAGCAAAGACACGCCUCACAAAGAGAAGAAGGGCGACCCUGACAGCAGCGACGACGACGACGACAGCGACGACGAAGAUGAUGAUGACGAGGACAGCGACGAGUAUGAUGAGGACCAUGAAGCCUCUGAAAACGGAUCGAACCACGGCGACAACCACGCAAGUGCUACAACAUCCGUCUCCCGACCAAAGCCUCCCGCAUACACCUCUUUUGUGCAGUGGCUGCAGUCAGCUUGCGGUGGUGCACCGCAGCUGGGCUAUUCAGCCGUCGUCGUCUUUAUCUCGACCAUCCCAUCGGAGAUCCUGGCACAUGACGACUUGGACGCUGCUUCAGAUCUCCUCACCGACUUCUUUUCGGCCUUGUACAGCCGUCCUUUGGACUUUGAUCCGACCGCCUGUCGGGCUUUCUUCGCCUCUUUUACGGAAUGCGUCACCUUCUUGGCUCUGCGCAUGGUGCGCGCCGCGUCAAGCCCAGGAAAGGACAGCGCGAACUCUGCAAGCGAGCUUCUGCGUGUCCACUUCGGUGCGGCAUGGUCAGAGCUCGUCCUGCCAAAACCAAGCCUGUUGUCCUCCCUUGGAAUCAGCUCUGGUGAUGACAAUGGAGACGGAGACGCGACAGCAAGAGCUCAGCGAAUCAAGAACAUCGGUCCCACUCGCGUCGUCUCGGACCUUGCUGUUCAAGUGAGGCGUGUUGCUUCUUCAGCUCAGAACACUCAGGUACUCGCUCCCUUCCUCGCUGAAACGGAAGCAGAUCUCGUGGCGGUAAGCGAAGCCAUGCCAAGCGUCGAUAAGGUGCUCGACGCAGACACACGAAAUCAGGCGUUGGCCGCUCUCGAGCGAGCAGCUUCUUUCUAUGCUGCCCUGGCUCCGACUCAAAGCCAAUCUGGAAGCGCUGGACUGCGGCAGGUCUCGGCGUCCAGUCUCGGCAAAGUCAUCAAGCUUGCUGCUUCUGGCCUGGUCAACGUCGCUGCAAACACUAGCCUGGCGACGGAGGUGAAACAGACCCAAGCGACCCUGCUGUCCGAUUCCCUGUGCCGUCUGCUGAGAUCUGCGGUCAGCAUUCCAGAAGCACUGGAGGUGUCCGUCACUCAAGAGCUCGCCAAAGCCACCGGUACGUCGCUGCCGCAGCUCAUGGGCACAAAAUGUGUAGCACCGACUUCCGCAGCCUCUCUGCUCGCGGCUUACCUACCUCUUUGCUCAGAUGAGAAUGCGCGCGCGUCCAUCUGGACCGACACAUUAUCGUCCGUCGCUGCGCUUGAUGAGCUAACGGAUCGAGUCGACGCAUUGACCGAGCUGUUUGUGGCGUCAGAAGCCGUCGCCAAGGCUGUCGCUUCCACCGACGGCAAAUCAUCUCCGUUGCCACGACCAGCAUCGGAUUCAGGGAUGGACGAGCUUGCAACCGGGCUGGUCACAAGUCUUUGCGACAGCGCCGAACUGGAGACUAGUCUCCGUGUCCGCACUCGCAAGAUCGUCGAGAAGAUCCUCACAAAGCCAGGCUCUUACGUCGAGGACGCAACCAUCAAGUCCAUGCUGUCCAUCAUCUGCUCCACGAUCGAGCAGCUCAGAAACGCGGUUCUGGAGAGGGCAGGUGCCAGCGAGGCCCGACAGCAUGGCCAGCUCAGAGCAGCGCUCGUCCUGGGAGACUUGCUUCUGUGCCUAGACGCUUGGGUUGAGACGCAGGACCCUAGGGAGACUGCCAGAAACUUACUCACCAGCCCGUCGUACAAAGGUGUCAUGACGGCCAUCUCCGAGCUCGUGUCUCUUUACACGGGCAUCGACGCGCCUCACGCCACACCGCACGACUGGGUCAGACGAGCGCAGGAGUCCGAACUUUCGGAAUACGCUGGGUCGCUCUACUUUCACAUCUUGGAAGAUUGCCCAGAUGACGAAAGAGAGCGAAUCGAAGCGGAAGAAAACCUUGGAAUGCAGGACCACCUGCUGGAUAUUCACGUCCCUGUUCCUGCCCUGGUGAACGCCACCGAAGCUAGCGUUACACUGCUGCCGGAACGUCAAGAACUUCACGAGAUGCUGCUCAAGGCUUGUCGUCAGGACACGCAUCCAUCCCUGCUCAUCUUCGAUCCUCUGGUUCCACAGCAUUCUAGUUCAGAAUCGACUUCGAAUAAGUCUGGCUCGCUUGUCGACGGACAAGGCCUGGGCAUCUUUGCACGUGUUUGUGCCGCUGCACUCUUGGUGGUGGACCGCGACCGCACCGUCGCGAAACGGCACGCACACUUGCUGCCCUUCGUGAUUCUUCUCUCGAUCCUCAUCGAAGACGACUUGCUGCUGCCAGGCGCCUCGAAGCACGCGCUGGACUCAUCAGUGCAGCCAGAGGCUCAUCGCGCCUGGCUGCAGUCCUCCGUCACCGUCCUCACAGCGCUGAUCUCGUCUCUGAGCGACACGGUCACGGAGAAUUGGCACAACGACAUGGUCAUGGCCCUUCAGCGAUCGACCACGAUCAACGUCGAGCAGGACGGCAUCGGCCACGUGCUGUCAACCGUGUGGCAGAUGGCAUCGGGGCUCGAUUCACCAAGCAGCUAUCUGGCCCGCAUCUUCCAUCGACUGCUCAACGGUGUCUUCAGCUUCGGCACCAUUACCGAAGCAGGAGCAGACCGCUGGCUCAAGCUGGGCGAUGCGAUGCAGGACCGCAUGCCAGCCAUGUCGGCUGCGAUCUUCCACGCAGCGAAGCCAAUCGCCGGCUCGUCUCCCACUUAUGACCGUCUCCGCAAUGGAGCUGCAGCAAAGUUGUCGGGUCUGGGGCCCGGGACACCUGAAGAUCGCCUCCUUCGCUCGCUCCGCACCGUCGUUGCCUUGGCUCCACCUGUCGACUCGGACCUCCCCAUCAUCCCGCAGCAACGAGCGAUCUUCCUGCUCAGAGAUCUGCAGAAGUGGUACGCGAGCGACGAAGCAGCUCAAGAUUCCGACGAGGAGACCUCGACGCGUCUUGCCGAGCUCUUCAUCCAUCUCCUCCCCGUCGUGCAAGACGUGCAAGGCAGUCACAUCGACUUUAUCUUUGACACUUUCGAGAUGAACCUCGAGCUGUGCUCGCUGCAAAACGAGGCGACGGUUGCGCAGCUCUAUCAGAACUUGCGUUUGCUCGACACGAUGCGGGAUCUGGCUUCGCGCAACGCCAAUCUGCACGACUACUGGAAGGAUCGAAGCGUGACAUCUGUUGACCUGGUUCGGGACCAAUUCUUGUCCCUGCCCGAGCUGCAGUCGAUCUCGGCGCCGAAGCAGGCGUGCAUCGAUCUGAUCGUCGAGCUUAUCCGCGAGACAUCGGACACGCCGUUCAAGCUGCAGGCGACUGCGGGUCCGCUAUGCAAGCUGCUGGUGCAGAGCCCGAGUCACGAGGUGCAGGUCAUCAGCUAUCGUCUGCUGAGCGGAGCGAUCAGGGAACACGUCAAGGAGCUGGUGGUGGAGUCUGCGGUAGAUCGAGAGGCGCUCGCUACCGAAGAGGGACAGAAGAAGCUCAAGUUGCCUGAAGCAUUGGUGGCGAACAUCAGCGACAGUCUCAGCGGUCAACUGGACUUGCUCGUCGAUGACUCGGUUGCUCGUCGCACGGCAUUCGGGUACUUCCUGUCCUGGAUUGCAGUGUUUGAGCAUUUUGAAGGCGCUUCGUUGUCCGUCAAGUCAGCGUUCCUGGCCGAGAUCGAGAAGCGCAAUCUGUUGGUCGAGUCGCUCUUGCCUACCGUGUUUGCGCUGGUUGGGCUAGCAGACGAGACACGACGACCGUUCGAUCCGAGCCGGUUCGUGCUGGAGGAAGUAUUCCUGGAUCAGAUCGACGCCGAGUCGUCGCUGACGGUGUUGCAAGUGCUCGCGGCGCAUGUCUACCUGCGUGCGCUAAUUCACAUGCCCACCACCGUCCGCAGCUGGUGGGUCGACAUCAAGGACCGCCAGACGUCGAUGCAGAUCGCCAGCUUCACGACGCGUCACCUCUCGCCUAUCAUCGCCAACCGCGAGCUCUCGCACUUGCGCGAACCCGAAGCCCUCUCAAAACUGCAGGACGAGGCGCUGUCGAUCAAGAUCCUUUCGAUCAACGAAGUCAUUGCCACCUACACGGUGGACGAGCACCCGAUGGAGAUUGGUGUCAAGAUCCCCUCCGACUUCCCGCUCCACGGUGUCGAGAUCCGCGACAUCCAGCGCGUCGGAAUCACCGAGGCCAAAUGGCGUUCCUGGCUCCUCGCCGUACAGCAGCUCAUCACCGGCCAAAAUGGUCUGAUCUUCGACGCCCUCAGCCUGUUCAAGCGCAACGCAGAAGUCCAAUUCCAAGGCCUCGAGGAAUGCGCCAUCUGCUACUCGAUCAUCUCACCGAUGGACAGGAGCCUGCCGACCAAACCCUGCAAGACGUGCAGAAACAAGUUCCACGCAGGUUGCCUCUUCAAAUGGGUCUCGACCAGCGGCGCUAGCACUUGCCCCAUGUGCCGAUCCAUCUUGUAA